AUGAAAGGACCAUUUAUUGAGAACAUUAAGAGAGUAGUACAAUGCGGACAGAGAUACUAUCAGAUACCUGAACACCCCGACAGGCUAUUCCCAUCAGUUACAUCAAUAUUGCAGAUAAUCAACAAACCAGCUAUUGGUGCAUGGGAGCGUAAUCUCAUCAUUCAAUCAAUCAAAGACACAUACAUCAAGACACGUCCACCUAAUGGCUUCGAAUCUGUCGAGGCAGAGAAAGAGUGGCUUGAUAACAUGCUCACUCAAGCAAAGAGCAAGCCCACCUCAGUCAAGACAGAGGCUGCAUCAUUCGGCACAAAGGCUCACACAAUGAUCGACAAUGCAAUCUUUGGCGAUGACUUUGAAGUGUCGGAUGAUGUCGCACACAUCAAGCAAGCAUUUGAACAAUGGAAGCGAGACUCUGGUAUCACUAUGGAGAGACGAGACACUGUCGUUUGGUCCAAAAAGUAUGGCUAUGCAGGUGCAAUCGAUGCUGUCGGUCGCAAGAAGGACGGUAGUCUGGUGGCCCUGGAUUGGAAAACAAGCAGCUUCAUUGGCAAUGAGUAUGCACUUCAAGUGUCUGCGUAUGCAAAGGCACUGGAGGAAAUCACUGGAGAGAGAGUGGCAGAGGCUUGGGUCGUUCGAUUUCACAAGACAUUGCCAUUUGCACAGCAUCAUACCAACUAA